UUCACCCUCAUUAGUUCCCUUCCAGUGCUAUGCUAUCUUGCUCUCUUCAACAAGGCAGAAAUCUACAUCGUCUCUGCACUCUCUUCUCACGAUGAGUAAUUCCAGUCAAAAUUCCUCAGUAUUCAUGUCUUUGUUGAUUCGCUUUCUGGAAUGCAGAUUUUGGAAUCCUUGGAAGAGAAAGCCGGACCUCGAUCUAGAGGAAUUCAACUACAAGGUUCUUGGUCAGAUUGGAGACGGUGCGUUUAACAAGGUUUAUCGUUGCUUGAAACGUGACCCCGAACGUAUCGUGGCCAUCAAGGAGAUUGUCCUUACUGUGGAAAACGCUCGGGUCUUGUUAGAUAGAAAAAUCUCUUCUCUUCAACAAUUGCGACAUGAAAACUGUGUCAGGUUGCUGGAUACUUUCAGCAGGGAGCAAUGUGUUUAUCUUGUUUACGAGUAUUUUCAGUCUGAUCUGCGAUAUUUCAUUAAUCUACCAAAUGACCAGAAGAAUCCACUGCAAAGAAAUUACUUUUUGUAUCAGAUAAUCACUGCUGUAGCAUAUUGCCAUGCUCAAGGGAUUCUCCACAGAGAUUUGAAACCGCAGAAUCUACUCAUUGAUUACUCUACCCAUUUAAUCAAGCUCGCCGAUUUCAAUUUGGCCAGUGCAUUUGAAGCUGCUGACCACUAUUAUAGUACUAUGACGACAAUCGAGUACCGCGCGCCUGAAAUCUUGCUCGGGUUGAAUGAGUAUUCAAAGAAGGCUGAUGUGUGGUCUGUGGGUUGUAUAUUUGGAGAGAUGCUAACCGGGCAGACUUUAUUUCGCGGAAUAAGCGAAGAGGACCAAUUGAGAAGUAUAUUUUGUUUGUUAGGUACCCCAACUGAAGAUUCCUGGCCUGGAGUGACUGCACGGUUUAGUUCAAUUUCUUCCUUUCCCAAAUUUGAACGAAUUAACUUGAUAGCAAAGUUCCCUGACGUGGACCUUGCAGCCCUUGAUCUUCUUUUGAAAAUGCUUUGCCUGGACCCAGACCGAAGGAUUUCAGCUGAAGAAGCUCUUAAUCAUCCAUAUAUGAUCAAUAUACCGAACUUAGUUCACUCAGUGAGUCAAAGAGAUUUCCAGGGGCAAGGAAGGAAUACUUGAGAUUCUUUGAGGCUAGCUAGAAGUCAGCGAAUUCAAAUCUCCCCUAGACUAACCACUUCGCUGUUCAAUUUGAAGUAGACAUGAAAGCAUAUUUCUCCCUUCAUACUUGAAAGCAGCGUCACUACAAGAAAACCAUGGCGGAUGACCAUUCGCUUCGUAAUUUCUAGGAUUUUCGUUUUUUGGCCGAGUAAAUUUUAGGAUUAAUUGUUUACUUUUCUUAUUGAUCGACUUCACUUUAUGAAAAUGGAUUUCGAGAGUAAUUACUAUUAUAAUUGCUUGUG